AUGCCUCCUCCUAGCCACUCAAGACAACGUAUGACUAGCCAGGCGCUCCCUGAGCUAGAGGUUCUUAUUAUCUCUACCCCAAACAAUGAAGGACGCCUACGAAGUCGUGGAGUGCGUCAGUCGCCUGAUAUUACACAAGGCGACGUGGUUGAAGUCUCCUCCAUAGAUUCGGAUCAAAGCUACCACACCGCUGUUUUGCCCCAGGAGGAAGGCCUUCACCUCGAUGAUGGUGGAGCGCAAGCCUUGCAAGUGGUGAGAUUGCAAAGAGCUGUCGAGGAGCGAACAGGUAGAGCCAAGGACGAAGAUUUAACAGGCGACGCCCCUCUUUUAGCUCAAAUUCCCAUGUUCACGAACGGGGUUAUACAGCCUUCCAUCUCCGGAUCGAAUGGCGAGGACCCACCGGUGCAGUUGUCUCAGGAAACGGCUGAUCAUCUUGUUCUCUCUUACUUAACGAGAGAAUAUGCAAACUUGCCGAUCCUGGACCUUUUACAGUUUCAGUCGGCCUACGAGACUACCAGAACCGAACAGGAUAUAGCCGCAGCCCCCAGUAGUUUCCAUGGCAUCUUGAAUACCAUUUUCAGUUUAUCUGGAUUGAGUACACCCGAUGUUAAUGAUGAAGAUGUGUCGAGUCUCUUCAGUCGCGGUCAGAGGAUGUCCAGGGAUAUGGAGAACAGCGGGUCUCUAUGUGAGCGUAUUCAAUCACAUAUUUUACAAAGCCAGUAUCUAUAUGCGACUGGCAACUCAAGGUUGGCAUGGAUGUUCAUUGGGUUUGCCAUCCGCAUGGCGCAGGUCCUGGGCCUGCACUUCAAGAUAGGGGGGCAGGAUACUCGAGGAAGGAGGGAUCGCGAACUCGCUCGGCGACUCUGGCAUAGUGCCAUGAUUCUGGAACGGAUGAUUGCACUAAAACUAGGGCUCCCACCGCAAACCUCCAAUCCACUGAAAGUACCAUUGCCGACGCAUUGGGACACAGACUACACCGAUUUUAUAUCCGGGAAAACCUCCGUCGUUACAGCGGAUCGUCCAUCCUUAAUAGAGUUCUUGACAGCUUGUGCCAGGCUGUAUAGCCACGUCGAGGAUAUCUUAGCAUGGGAGGAUGAGCUGAGAAUGCAGCCGAAUAGUUGCGCCCUAAAGAAACUACUGUCUUUCGAUUUCAAGAUACUCUUGAAAGUGGACACUCUUUUAUACGAUUGGCAGGCAUCUCUUCCAACGUAUCUGCAAAAUGAUGCCGUGGGCGGUAUAUGGGACGAUCCGGUUGUGUGUCGACAGCGGAAUAUUCUCCGAGCACGCUACUUAUAUGAUCUCUCGGACGUCAUUAGAAGGCCUGACAUUGCUCACCCAUCAACCGGCCCAGUUGCGGUCUUGGAUGAAAAUAUUCGAAAUCGGCUCCUGGAAAGGACGGAGAACGGUAGUCCUGCCCUUAGCUGGAACCGGAGGCAGUCCGUAGAGGACACUCGCGGUUAUUAUGGAUGGAUUGAGAGUUUGCCUAUAGAUUUAGCUGGUCCACUGGAAUGA